UAGCUAUAUUUUAGUGUUUUUGAAAUGGCUAAUGACAGUGUGACAAGUUAGACAGUGUUUAAGUGAACAUAUGGUUUUCAUGGUACAAGUCAAGUAAAAGAAAUCAAGAUGAAUAGAGUUCGGUCCGCUGCUAGUGGAAGAUCAAACACUACAGCGGCAACAGCUCGUUCAGGACGAACCAACAGAACAGCUGGAACAAGGGCAUCAAAGACCUCCACAAGCAAAGUAUUUGAAUACCCGUGCAACCCGUGCAUGCGAGACAAUACCAAUGUGGAAGCUACCAACUACUGCGAAGAUUGUGGAGAGAAUUUAUGUGCAGAUUGUGUUAAACAGCAUCUGAAAUUCUCUUCAAUGAAAGACCACAAGAUUCUGGGCAAAUCUGACAGACGAUCAAACAAAGACAAUGGAACAGCUCCGAAACAUCACCCAAUGGAAUGUUCCGAGCAUCCAGGAAAGAAAGUGGAUAUGUUUUGUGCAGAUCAUAAUGAAGUAUGGUGCGGCGCUUGUAUAGCAGUUAAUCACAGGACAUGCAACAAUGUUAUGCUAAUACAACAUGCUGCAAAAGGUGUAGCAAAGAGGGACGAGUGCAAAGAAACGAAGGACCAUAUACGUAGAGUCAAGAAGGAGUUGAUAGCCUGGAAAAAGAGGGCAGAGAAAGAUAUGGCUCGAACUGAAAAGCAGAAGGCUACUCUUAUGAACAAAAUAAUACAAAGCAGAAAAAGAAUUGACAAAAUACUGGACAUCAUGGAAAAGGCAACGAUUUUAGAGUUGGAAAGGGCUUGCAAUCUUGAUGGUGGACAGAUGCAAGAUGAUACCAAGAUGUAUGGCGAGAUUAUAGCUAGCCUAGACGUCAUUGCUGGAAUGCUAACUGCCUCAAAAGGAGACACGGACGGGGAGUCAACAAUAUUUGUUGGGACGAAACGAGCGAAUGAAACAUUUCGAAAGGCGGAGCGAAUCAUGAACUUUGUAAGACAUACCAUUGCUGUAGAACCAAUCAGGUACGUACCAGACGGAAGAAUAAUCGACUGGUUAAAGAGUUUACAAUUUCUUGGCACAUUUUCUCAUCAACAGAAAGUGUACACAGGAAGUUAUUUAGAGAGGCAUGAUGUUAGUGCUGCAGACGAAUAUAAAGAUUGUGAUAUGUUCGGUUCCACGAUUCUUGAAGACGGAAGAUUAAUGUUGACUGACUGGGAUAACAAAAAGGUGAAACUUUUAGACACGUCGUAUAAGGUAAUUGAUCAGCUUGUUCUUCUGGGACAUCCAGACGACAUUUGCUCCCUAAACCCGCAAGAGGCGGCAGUCACCAUGACAAUGCAGAAAAAUGUUCAGUUUAUCAAAAUAGUCCCGAAAAUGUGCCUUUCAAGAAUAAUUUACACAGACGAACACUGUCGAGGUAUAACUUAUCAUGAUGGUCAAAUUUAUGUCGUCUGUGGUGGUUUCAAAAGUGAAGGUAACGGGAAAAUACUUGUAUAUACCGUCUUAGGUGAACAUGUGAAAACUAUUGAAAGAAAUAAUGCCGGACAAAGAAUAUUCUCUUGUCCAAUAGCAGUUCAAGUGGUUUCAGAUGGCAAUUUGCUCUAUGUUACUGAUGGUCAGCGAGGAAUCGUGACCUUGACUAAGAACAAUGACGUCGUAUCAGUACUUUCUAGCAAAGACGUGUCCUGGCCAUGUGGAAUAUGUGUGGACAGAAAAGACAAUGCUCUGAUAUGUAAUGGAAGAAGCAGCAACAUAAUUCAGGUAUGCGGACUAGAUACAAUAGCCGUAAUUCUGACACAUAAAGAUGGUGUAAAGAGGCCACACUCUGUGUGCUUCGACCCGAACAACCUACGGAUCAUAAUGACAAGUAAUAAGUCAAAGUUCAUCAGCGUAUUUCAAUUAACAACAACGUCAGUAGAGCAGGUGGCAGAAGGAGCUAAAGUUAGUCUAAGCGUUGUUGAUAAAAAACCGAAAGCUGACAACAAUGCUGAGACAAAUGAUGAAGUAAAGGGAAGUGUGGUCACAUCUGGUGAAAAGAAAGAACUUGAAAAUGAAAAGGUGUUGAAUUUAGAUACGCCAAAAAUGCCAACUUUGACAGAAAUCAAGAAUUCUGCGCGCGACAAAUCAACAAACACCGUGCGAAAUUCUCUAUCUAAGGAACGUAAAAGCGAUGUGUCUGAUCAAGAAUCUGUAACUUCAUCAUCCGGAAGAAGUAAAACCAAUCCAACGAGAGGAAAUUUAUUAAGCUCGCGAGGUAAAUCAGCAUCUCGCGAAAGUGUUACAGCAAGCGUUCCGGACCGAAGCGGGAAAAGACUAAAUUCGGCCAGGAGCGAAAGUGUUACAGCAGGGACACCGGACAGAAACGGAAAACGAGUAAAUUCGGCAAGGAAUUCUCGCAUGUAUGGAAGACUUGAAAGGAUGCAAGAAACGAUCCUAAAUAAUAAUUCCGGAAAUAUUGUUUCCCGAAAGAACUCCAAGGCCUAGAUUUAUCAUCCUCCACUUUUUUAUGAGCUAAUUAAUAAAUAUGUUAAUGCCAACGAUGAUCCUACAGUAUCAGGAUCAAACGUUUUACAGCACAACAGCAGCUGUGAUACUUAACUUAUCCUGAUAAGCCGAGAAAAUAUUGUAGUGUAUCUGCUGUUUAAGAAGUUACUUAGUACCAGUCAGAUGCCUGUUUGAUCAAAAUGCAUAAAAUAUGAGAAUACGUUGGUGUAAAAAAUUCGUUCAGGUUAUGCAAAUGGCUAUAUUAUUUCACCGUGAGCAUAUACCAACGACUACAUAUGAUUAUACCGCGGAUUUUAAUAAUGUGCAAGAUCAGAUGGAUGUAUGAAAUUUGGUGAAGUUCGCUUUUAUUCAGUCAACGUUGUCAAAAAUGGACAUUUUCUCUAAAUUUCAUGAGGGGUAGGUCACUUUCAGGCUUAACAACACAAAUGUGUUGCAUUAUAUUAUGAAGUUAUUUGUUUCGUUUCAUUGUUGAAUAUUUAACUGUGUUGCACAAAUAUUAAAGAUCUGAAAUAAAAAGUGUUAUAAUCCAUCCGAAGUUAAUACUUAUUUUCAAAAAGAAAGAUUAGUGUGUCGGAACGAAUUGUACGUUAGAUUCUCCAUUAGCGAUGUCUACAAAAUUAUCAGCAUCUUGCACGACCGGAAACUACUUGUUUUUGCUACGUUGGUUUAUUUCUAAACACAAACGAAUAUUUAUAUACACUGUCCAGUUUUCUAGGACACUGCCUAUUUGAUUAACACAGUCAUAGGUCUAAGAAUUAUUUACAAAGCGUUGUGGACCGAGUU